CGAACCCGGCAUCUUCGUUUAAUAUGAACGAGCCUGAGGCUCGUUCUUUUCUUGCUCAGAAGGAUUCUAUUCUAGAGAAUCCUUCAUUAUUGGCCAAAGCCAUUUCAAGAGUUAAGCAAUGCGGCAACAUAUCAACGAACGAAGAAUGCGAGAACAUUCUUGUGAGCAGCUAUCAAGGAGCUAUAGAAUUUUUAUUCGAGUUGGGCACUUGGCUUACUUACAUUGAUGAGGAUGCGCAAUCAACUAGAAACAUAAUUGAGUCCGUUGUGAUGGAAACUCUUCUACAAAAUUAUGACCGGUCUAAAGCGAUUAAAUGUCUCACUGAUGACGCCUUAUCGGAUACUAUGGAAUGGCUAAGUCAAAUGGUGGAGUCACCCACAUGGCGACAAACAAUUUACGAACUUGCACAACAUCCACGGAACGAGGAUUGUCCUUUUUUGUCGCUCGCAAUGCCCUGUAUAGCUGUCAAGGAAAACCUUAUAGGCGAACUCAUAUCUGUACCUUUAGCUUGGAAUACGUUGGAGAUAUUCUUGAAGUGCGUUGCGUAUGUACUCUACCCUUUACUAAGCGCGGGAGAGUUACUUGGCGAUGGUAUAUUUACCCAUUCAGUUGCAUUUUCACAACCGAGAUCGAGCAGACUGACUUCCACAUCAGUAGCUGAAAAAGAUUCAAGUGAACAAAUGGCAAAUAAUAGACCGCCUUCAUAUGAAUUCACUGGUUUGAUUUCAACUGAUUUACCAGAUGGUCCUGAAUCUUUCAUGGAGCAAGAAGAAAAGGAUUCAAAUGUUCUAAGAGCUAGACAGAUGUUACCUCAUUUUUUGGAAAUGGGUUGUCAUAGUGAGCAUGGGUACCUAGUACUACAGGCUGUGCUUCAAUGUAUAGCCCAAAGAACAAAGGGCAACUCAGCCAGGCGUCUUAGCUGGUUUCUCGAAUCAGAGGCAUGUAGGAGGGGCAGAGAUGUCAGUCGUUACAGUGUAUACUUCUGUGGGGCUCGGGAACAUCCUGAAGCUAUGAAAGCAAUGAGAAAUAUCUUGAAGCUUCAAGAGUUGGUUCCUGAGUGUGUUAUGCUGGUAAAGUCUUAG